GUUCAUUAUACAAAGGCUUUCGGGCCUCUAACAACUCUCUAACUCUAUCUCUAAUGAUGAGUAAUCAAACAUGGCAAAGCAGGGAACUCAAACUUGAAAUCCUUUGUAUGAAUUUUUGAGUUGUGUAUCUUCAUUGUUUACUUCAGCUUCGUCUUUCUGUUAGUUCUCACUGUGUUUGGUUCUCGGGAAUAACGAGAGACAAAGAAAGUGGAUGUGCUAGAAAAAUGGCAAGUAAAACUAAUCUAUCAAGUAAAUCCACUGAAACCUUUCAGCAGAUGUUCAGAUACUAAAACGAGAUUGUGCCCAAGGAACCUAAUAUAUGCAAGGUUUUCACACAAGUCUUGACAUCUUAUGUAACUUAUAAUGUGUUUUCAUAUGUGGAGGCAAAUCAUGGGUACCAAAACCAACAUAAAGGAAAGCUCUUUCUUGCACUGUUAUCCUUUUCAGGUUCUGCUGAGUUCUUAUAGAAGUUGUUUUUUUAGUUCUAGUUCUGUGUUAGCAUCCUCACAAUUGUUUGGAGUUCCAAAUGUGAUUGCAAAGUACAGAUCCUGCCUGAGAUAUUCAGUUACGGCUAGCAACUCCUUUGUGAGCCUUUCGACUGGUGAUGUAAAUAUGCAGCCUGAUCUGCAGAGGACUUACCAAGUUGUGGUGGCUGCAACUCAUGAUAUGGGUAUUGGGAAGGACGGGAAGUUACCAUGGUGGUUGCCUUCUGAUCUUAAAUUUUUCAGCAAGAUAACAAUGACUACAUCAGAUCCCGAGACGAAGAAUGCGGUAGUGAUGGGGAGGAAAACAUGGGAAAGUAUUCCCCUUGAAUAUCGACCUCUUCCUGGCCGUCUAAAUGUUUUGUUGACUCGUUCCGGGAGUUUAGAUAUUGCUACUGCUGAGAAUGUUGUGAUAUGUGGGAGUAUUCCAUCUGCUUUGGAAUUAUUGGCACGACCUCCUUAUUGUUUUUCAAUAGAGAAGGUGUUUAUCAUAGGAGGUGGUCAGAUUCUAAGGGAGGUACUUAAUGCUCCAGGAUGCGAUGCUAUCCACAUGACUGAAAUUGAGUCAAGUAUUGAAUGUGACACUUCCAUUCCUCCUGUUGAUGUCUCUGUUUUUCAACCAUGGUACUCAUCUUCGCCACAAGUGGAGAACAAUAUUCGUUAUUGUUUUGUGACUUAUGUCCGUGUGAGGAAAUCUGCCACUGAACUUGUUUCUUCAAGCAGCCGGGUGAAUUACAAUAGCAGUUUAGAUUCUACUAAGUUCAAUGUUGAGAAUUUUACCUUCUUGCCCAGGAUGAUUUUUGAGAAACAUGAUGAGUUCAUGUAUCUGAGACUGGUUCAAGAUAUCAUCUCAAGUGGCAACCAGAAAGAUGACGGGACAGGGACUGGUAGUCUUUCAAAAUUUGGUUGCCAGAUGCAGUUUAAUCUCCGUAAGUGUUUUCCACUUCUCACAACCAAGAGACUUUUUUGGAGAGGUGUUGUUGAAGAACUUUUGUGGUUUAUUAGCGGUUCAACAAAUGCCAAGGUUCUCCAGGAGGAGGACAUUCAUAUAUGGGAUGCUAAUGCAUCAAGAGACUACCUUGACAGUAUUGGCUUGGCAGACAGGGACGAGGGUGACUUGGGACCCAUAUACGGAUUCCAGUGGAGACACUUUGGUGCCAGAUACACCAAUAUGCAUGCUGACUACACAGGCCAAGGAUUUGAUCAGUUGUUAGAUGUUAUUGAUAAGAUCAGGAAUAAACCAGACGACAGGCGGAUUCUCCUCUCAGCUUGGAAUCCAUCUGAUCUUAAGUUGAUGGCUCUCCCACCUUGCCACAUGUUUGCACAGUUUUAUGUAGCCCAUGGGGAGCUGUCCUGUCAAAUGUAUCAGUGGUCUGCUGAUAUUGGUCUUCGUGUGCCAUUUAAUAUCGCAUCUUAUGCUCUAUUGACAUGCAUCAUUGCUCAUGUUUGCGGGCUUGUUCCUGGUGAUUUCAUCCAUGUAAUAGGGGAUGCUCAUGUUUAUAAAACUCAUAUCAGGCCUCUACAGGAGCAGCUCUAUAAACUUCCUAAGCCCUUCCCACUCUUGGUGGAGGAAUGCUUACUUGUAAGCUUUUGAACUGACCAUUGGAAUGGAAAAGUCAUCGACUUUCAUAUUUGAUGAAACAAUGGAAAAUACAGUGAGAUUGAUGGAACUCAAAACAUGAGGUUGCUUGCCUUUUUCAUGUGAAACUACAGGCAGUGUCCAACUACUAUUCUUGCAAUCAGGCUUUAGAUGGAGCUGUUUCACUUUUUUCCUUUUAUUGAAUCUUUAUAUUCUACUUUUGCAAUACAGAUUUUGAAGGUCAAUCCGCAGAAGACAGAUAUAGAUUCAUUCGUGGCAGCCGACUUCAAACUUAUAGGUUAUGAUCCUCACCAGAAGGUAGAAAUGGAAAUAGUAGUAUAGAACUUUAGAGUGAUAAUUGUUGUUCUUUUUUGUUCAACUGAAGCACGAUCCCUGUUAUUUUUUGAGGUAAUUGGAACUGUUCAAUUUGUAAUUUGUUUCUUUUGGUUAGUUUUUUUCUUUCUGACUACCUUUUCUAUUAUUUAUCCCAUCAAAGCAUUUUAUACUAAUUUUCGUAUUGAAUACUACGUGUUUGGUGUGCUUGCAAUCACUACUACUGGAAUCAAUCAACAAACCCUCCCCCCUGUGCCUGCUUCCUUUCUUUGAUUGUAAUACUCAUUGUUCUUUGCUGGCACCACAUUUGCACAUUAGUAUAUAAGGGGGCUUUUGUUCCCCUGAAUGAAGUCAUAUUACAGAACUUUACUU